AUGGUCCUAGAAGCAAUUAGAUACAAUGGUGGCACUCUUACCAUCAUCGAUCAGCUGCAGCUACCCUUUCUGGAGCACUACAUCGGAAUCGAAACUAGUGAGGAGGGGUGGUACGCAAUUAAGAAAAUGCAAGUACGAGGGGCUCCAGCAAUCGCUAUCGUUGCGGCGCUAUCCCUUGCAUCUGAGCUCCACAAACUCAUUGCACACGCCAAGCUACCAUCGGACGCGAAGGAAGUCAAUUCAUUCAUCACAGAUCGAUUACGUUUUCUUGUGAGCAGCCGGCCUACGGCUGUAAAUCUCAGUGAUGCAGCUCGUAAGCUUGAAGCUGUGGUGGCCGAGGAAGCAAGAAACCCCCAAUCAACGGGGAGGGAAGUUGCGGACGCUUUCAUUGGAGCAGCGGAAGAGAUGCUGUCAAAAGACAUUGAAGACAACAAAGGGAUUGGGAAGCAUGGUGCUGAAUGGAUAAUGGCAAAUGCGCUAUCCACCCACGGUGGAAAGGCAACAGUUCUAACGCACUGCAAUACAGGAUCUCUCGCAACUGCUGGUUAUGGAACUGCACUUGGAGUAAUACGCUCUUUACAUUUGAUUGAUGCACUACAACACGCCUACUGCACGGAGACAAGACCGUACAACCAAGGCUCGCGGUUGACAGCGUUUGAGCUAGUUCACGAUAGCAUUCCAGCUACUCUAAUUACAGACUCGAUGGCAGCCGCUCUACUUGCAAGGAAAGAAGUGGGAGUAAAUGCAAUAGUUGUCGGGGCUGACCGGGUGGCAGCCAACGGGGAUACCGCAAACAAAAUAGGUACAUAUGGCCUCGCAGUCUUAGCCAAAUAUCAUGGGGUCAAAUUUCUUGUUGCGGCACCACUCACGACAAUUGACCUGGCUACAAAGACUGGCGAGCACAUUGUUAUUGAAGAGCGGCCCCCCUUUGAGGUUACGAAGAUCAAAGGGUUGCGCGAGCGGGAUGGUACAUCUGAUGACGUGAGAUUAGAUACACUCCAGAUAGCGGCCAAUGGAAUUGACGUCUGGAAUCCUGCGUUUGACGUCACUCCAUCGGCCCUUAUUGAUGGGAUAAUAACGGAAAAGGGAGUUAUGGUAAAGGGGACAGAUGGAAUGUUUCACUUGGAAGAGUUGUUUAGCUGA